AUGAGUAAAAGAGACAUUCAGAUAUCUAAAUCGCUGUCGUAUUUGCUUAGACAUGGUGCUCUCAAAGAGAAAUUGCCCAUUGAUGCCAACGGUUACGUCCCCCUGCAAGUCCUGUUAGCUCAUAAUAGGCUAAAAAGUCAUAGAUGUACUUUGGAAGAUGUGCAUAGAAUUGUAGAUAGCAACGAAAAGAAAAGAUUCCAUACCAAAGUUUCAUCAGAAGGUCAAGAACUAAUCUGUGCUACUCAGGGGCAUUCCAUCAAAAGUGUUCUACCUACGGAAGAUGUUCUACAUGAGAUCAGAGAUCCAAAAGAAUUACCGCCCAAAUUGGUUCAUGGUACCACUGUACACAAUGCUCUACUCAUCUUGCAAUCAGGUGCUAUCAAGAAACUGAGGAGAAACCACGUCCAUUUGUCACCAGGUGUCACUGGAGUUGAUGCCGCUGUAGUUAGUGGGAUGAGAGCUACGAGUAACGUACACAUCUACAUCAAACUGGGGAGUGAAUUGUUGGAGCAAAUGAAAGUCUACAAGUCUCUAAACAACGUGUAUUUGGUUCCUGAUGAUGUCCCCAUCGCUUUAUUCGAUAAGUUGACCAUUAGACCACUUAAACAACAGGAGAAAAUGGGAGAAGAAUUGUCAGAACUUUUACAACUGCUCAAAGAUCAUCAAAUUCAUUUUGAAUUCAUUCAAGAUGCUUAA